UUGAUAUUUUUCGAAUCGUCGCUGCUAACUUUCCUGGCCCGCGAUACCGGCUGUCCGGUUCGUCAUCUCGUUUAGUCGUGUCCGAUCGUUCUCCCGUUUUACUUAACAUCUCGGCUGCUCUGCUGUACGCGUUACAGUUUCGGCUUCUUUCUGUCCGUCCGCUGAAAAAAGAUUGCGUGAUCGUGUCAGAAAAUCACCAACAUGUGCAGCGGUAUAGCAGACUGCACGAUGUUGUUCCUGACCGUGACAACGUGUCUGGUGAUGGCGGUACAGGCCGGAUGUCCUAUGCGACCGACCGCGGAACAAACUUCCGCUCCGAGGACCACGGGCGACGGUGGCUAUAGGAUACUCGUUAGCGGGAAGGCCGACAAAUAUAUUCCCAACGCUGUUUACACGAUCAGUUUGCAAGGAUCACAAACGCACGAGAGGCUGCAACAGUUCACGCGUUUCACGCUCUCGGUGAAUUCUCAACACGCUCCAAAUAAUCUGAACGCUCGAGUAGGAUACUUUCAACUGUUCUCCGAUUCUUUGACCACGUUCAAUGAAGAUUGCGUCAACACCAUCUCGGAAGCUUCCGAUUAUCCGAAAACGGAGAUCCAAGUGAUGUGGAAGGCACCGCCGUCAGGAUCAGGAUGCGUUAUCUUUACAGCUAUGGUACUGGAGAAUAGCGUGCGAUGGUACGCCGAGGACGCUGGCCUAACCAAGACCUUCUGCGAAAUGGAAGCAGCCGAGACCGCGACCUUCAAUGUGGACAAAUGCUGCGCCUGCGACGAGGCAAAAUACUCGUUGACAAUGGAAGGACUCUGGUCAAACGUGACUCAUCCAAAAGAUUUUCCAUUUUCUAUUUGGUUGACCCACUUCAGUGACCUAAUCGGCGCUUCUCACGUGCCGACAUUUUCCUUCUGGGGUAAGGACCACAUCGCAACUGAUGGCUUCCGGCAGUUAGCUGAGUGGGGAUCCGCGUCAGGAGUAGAAUCUGAGCUCAGGGCUCAAACCGGAAAUAAAUUAAAAACGCUCAUCAAAGCUGCUGGAUUGUGGUACCCAAACGUAAACAGCAAUACUACCAGCAGUUUCAAAGUGGAUAGGCUACAUCCCAUGAUAUCUGCAGCUUCCAUGUUUGGCCCUUCUCCAGAUUGGGUCGUCGGUGUUAGUAAACUAAAUCUCUGUAGAAAGGACUGUACCUGGACCAAAAGCGAGAUAAUCGAUUUAUACCCGUGGGACGCUGGCACUGACAAUGGAAUCUCCUACAUGUCACCCAAUUCUGAAACAAAGCCGCGCGAGAAGAUGAAACCAAUCACCACUCUGUACCCUGAAGAUCCCAGAUCACCGUUUUACGACCCAACUGGAAGGCCCAUGCAGCCAUUAGCCAGGUUGUAUCUGAACAGAGAGAAAAUUAUUCCGCGGGGUUGCGACGAGGAAAUUCUUCAGCAACAAGUCACGCAGCUCGAGGUAGCUGAGAACACCGAGGAUACUUCUAGACCCGAAUGUCAGACUACAGAGUACACAGCUUGGUCAAGCUGCUCGGUGACUUGCGGCAAAGGACUGAGAAUGCGUACUAGGUCGUAUCUAAUGCCUGAAAAAGCAACAAUGUUCAAGUGCAACAGGCAAUUAGUUUCAAAGGAAAUGUGUGUCUCAUCGACCCCGGAAUGCCCUGGAGAGGAAGAGACAGACGAUACUGAUUUGCUGCCGGUUCUUAAUAAUCCUUUCUGCGAGACAACUGAUUGGAGUUCCUGGUCCGAGUGCUCCUCUACGUGUGGUCCGGGGCUGAAGAUGCGAACAAGACGAUUCCGGAAUAGCAUGGGUCGUAAACGAUGUCCUCACGUUUCCAUUGUCGAGAAAGAAAAAUGUAUGGAAGCGGCGUGCGCGCCUGGCUCAGAGGAACAGAUCGAUCCUACGUGCAAGGUGACUGAGUGGUCCGAUUGGUCUCCGUGUAGCGCUUCUUGCGGAAAGGGGGUAAAAUUGAGAACCAGACUGUUGAUGGUAGACCCGUCACAGCAACAACAUUGCUCCUCUAAAAUGGAAUUGCUGCAGCAACGUCCGUGUUUGGAGCAGGCUGACUGUACUUUCGACAUGGCAACUGCAAAAGUGGUCUGUAUGGAACAAGCUGAUCCUGGACCCUGCAGGGGUUACUUCCAGAGGUGGGCGUUCGUUCCUCAGAAACUGAUGUGCGUACCCUUUGGCUAUGGAGGUUGUCGCGGUAACAGGAACAACUUCUUGACUGCUGAUGAGUGCAACAAUACCUGUCGUAUUGUACGAGACAUUCUUAGCGGGCAGCCCAUAAGUGAAGCUGACGCUAGAAAUGGCCUGGUACCUAGCGCAGAACCUGUCGAUUGUCGUGUGAGCAGGUGGUCACCUUGGUCACCUUGUAGCGUCACGUGUGGUACAGGUCGUGUUACCAGUUAUCGUACAAUCCUGCAAGAGCCACAAAACGGAGGAAAUCCUUGUCCCAAGAAGCUUCAGCGGCGAUUCAGAUGCCAGCUAGCGCCAUGCGAGUAACACUUUGAAGAAAUUCGAUCUUUAAUCAACUGAGACGACGAAUAAAAGAUGAAGUAUGCAUCUGGGAUUUUGUGCAAAAAAAGUUGUCGGUUUUAUAUAAGAAAUCCUGUAAAGAAGUAUUCCUUCUGCUCUGAAAUUAUGAAUUCUGGUGACAGAUUAUAACAUUAGCUUGUAUAUGAUAUGACAGGUAUGAAAGAAACCGAUGUAUCAGAAUAAAUGGUAUUUUAUUAAUGGUCA